AUGCAAGCUCCCGGACUUGAGGAGCGCAAGAAGGCGUUGGAGAAGAAGUUUGUGGAGAAACGACCACCGCUAGCUUACGCAAAGCUAAGUGGCCGUGUGGAGGGCGACACACCGUUUGAGAAACUCAUCACGCACCUUCCAGCGGAGCUUGGGCGCGGACCUAUCUCGUCCGUGCCCGACCACCGCGUCGCUCUAGGAGAGCAGAAGGCCGUUUCAAGGCUGCACGCCCGCAUCCAGUGGAGUCAGACGGACAGCUGCUUUGAGCUUCAGUGUCUGGGAAAGAAUGGAAUGUUUGCGGACGGCAAGUUCGUGACCAAGAACCAAACCAUCAAGCUGAGCUCCAAGAUGCCGCUGAAAAUCGGCCAUGCCAGAGUUUAUUUCCUCUGCGCUAUUCGCUCCACUAUAAGCACUAUGAGCGGGUUCAAAAUUAUUCAAAAGGCAUUUGAGAAGGCCAAAUAUCACAAGGGAGUGACAACCAUGACGGCAAAUCAAGUGUGUGACCAGAUUCUGGAGAGUUUUCCUAAAAGUGAGCACGAACUUGGUGGAAAGGAACAUUUGAAGACUUUUGUCACAUCGUACUUGCAGGAAGACACGGCGGCUUUUGAGCGCGUUGCAGGGGCCUCUCCGUUACCGGUUUAUAAAAUGAAGCCGACUGACGAGGCGGCACUGAAGAAGCAGAAGAUUACUGCAUAA